AUUGCGGAAAUCGUGAAAGUCAUUCACAUGACUAAGCAAUUAUCCUCAGGCUACACGAGCGCUGAAAGUCUCUUCCGGUUUCUUUCCACUGGCCGCUACUGGCUGUCGCAACGAGAUGACGUGCAAACGUAGGAACGGAGGACGCGCCAAACAUGGCCGCGGUCAUGUAAAUCCCGUUCGUUGUACUAACUGUGCUCGCUGCGUUCCCAAGGACAAGGCAAUAAAAAAAUUCGUUAUUCGUAACAUCGUCGAAGCAGCCGCUGUUCGAGACAUUAACGACGCCAGUGUGUAUGAUGCCUAUCAACUCCCCAAAUUGUACGCCAAGUUGCACUAUUGUGUAUCCUGCGCUAUUCACUCCAAGGUCGUUCGUAACAGGUCUAAGGCAGACCGUCGUAUCAGGACACCACCUGCACGCAAUUUCCCUAGGGAUAUGCGUCAAGGUCAGCAGAAUAGGAAGUGAAGCAAUCAUAUGUAACUUUGGUACAUGAAAAUAAAAAGAAAAAAGUUGAAAAAACCAAAA